AUGGACCAAUCACCCGCUGUGGGCUUUGAGGCCCUCUCCAGCUUCCAGCCUUCGCCUGCCGUGGGCGCCUGCUGCCUCGCCCUCUCAUCCCUGCUAGGGCCCAAAGUCUCCUUCCCUCACACAAAACCCUACAUCGACUCAAUGAAUUCGUACUUCUCGCAGCAGAACGCCGCUCUACGCCCCCUCUGUGUCGUCUCCCCAACCGACGCAGAUGACGUCUCCACCACGAUAGUCAGCAUAGCGCAAGCCUCAUCCCUCCUGAGUAUCACAGACAAAUCGCAAUGCCAUUUUGCGAUUCGAUCGGGAGGCCAUACAAGCCUUAUCAGCGAGGCGUCGAAUAUCCAGGAUGGGAUAACUAUCGAUCUGAGCGGGCUGAACACAAUCCGUCUUAGCGACGAUCAGACAACGGCCUCGGUUGGUGUCGGCGCUACAUGGGGGGAAGUAUAUUCCUAUCUCGACUCGCUGAAUCUCUCUGUAGCAGGCGGCCGAGCGGCACAGGUUGGUGUCGGCGGACUUACGCUAGGAGGGGGGAUAUCCUACCAUUCGCCCCGUUACGGGUGGACAUGCGACACUGUGUCCGAGUUUGAAAUUGUGCUACCAAAUGGGACAAUCGUUCAUGCCACCGAAGAAGAACAUCCUGACCUGACGAUGGCGCUUCGUGGCGGAUCAGCAAAUUUUGGAAUUGUAACGGAAGUCAAAUUACGGGCGUUCAAGCAGGGCUCUGUAUGGGGUGGACAUGUGUAUUAUCCACUUGAGACCAUCAACGACCAGCUCCGGGCUUUUGAGAGUUUCAAUACAGCAAGGGGAUACGAUGACUCCAAUCUUCUGAUUUCUGACUGUACCCAUCGUUGCGGCGACAGACAGCUGAACGUGGUGAUAACGCACGGCACAACGGUCGACAUGCUCAAUGCAACCUAUCUACGGUGGAAGUCCAGCCUGCCCGAGAUUGAGGACGUUCGUGGGAUUGUGUGGUCCGUCUCCCUCGAGCCGCUUCCACCAGCAAUCUACGCGCGCGCACCUAGGAAGAAUGCCCUGGGCCUUUCAAAUACUACAGGGUCACAAGUCGUCACACUUCUGAGUGCUACCUGGGAAGACGAAACGGACGACGAGAGGAUCUACAACACUGCUCGUGCGCUCUUCGAAGGCAUCGAAGAGGAUGCACGCAGGCUGAACAACUACGAGUCGUUCCUGUAUCUUAACUACGCGGCUGACUGGCAGGAUCCGAUUGCCUCUUAUGGGGAGAGCAGCAUUGAAAUGCUGAAGAGGGUGAGUAGGGAUGUGGAUCCGGAGGGCCUGUUCAGAAAGGACAGGGAUUAG